UUCUCACUUAAAAUGUGACGUUUAGUAUCUGUGUUCCUCUUGGCCCUGAAGAUACAAACGUAAGCCAAUCACAGCGAAUGCAGAGACAAACAUGAGGCUGUAAAUCCAGAAGCAGCUCUGAUGUCACCGCAGUUUAGUCAGAGUUCCAAAGAAAGUGAAAUAACUUGAUUUGUGAAUGACUUGAAUCUACAACCGCACAGACGCAGGCUGAAACGAGCAACCUCUUCAACAGAUCAUUUAUUGAGGCUUUCAGAAACCCUUGUUGACACAGUGAAAAUAAGUGAAGAACAAUGGCAGAAUCUUCACCAGAAUCAAGUAGAAGAGAAUCCAGGAGACGGAGUCAAAAUGGUUUACCUCCAUCAUUGUCCUCCAGUGAUUCACUGAGGAGGCUUCGGUGCUCUAUAUGUGUGAAAGUGUUCACUGAUCCGGUCAGCACUCCAUGUGGACACAUCUUCUGCAAAAGCUGUCUGAAUAAGUGCUGGGAAAACAAACAAACCAUCAGCUGUCCAUUCUGUGGAAAUACAUUAACACAAAGACCUGAUCCUGAGAUUAACACCACUGAAAACACUGAAGUUGUGUGUGACGUCUGUGAGGACAGAAAGCUGAAGGCUGUAAAGUCGUGUCUGGUGUGUCAGAGCUCUUACUGUCAAACUCACCUGGAGCCUCAUUUGAGAGUGGCAGGAUUAAAGAAACACAAACUGAUGGAUCCUGUGAGGAAUCUGGAGGACUAUAUAUGUCAGAAACACGACAGACCUCUGGAGCUCUUCUGUAGAGAUGAUGAGAAAUGUGUGUGUCCGUUUUGUUUAGAAGGAGAUCACAAGGAACACAUCACUGUUCGUAUAGAAGAGGAGAUUGACGAGAGGAAGAUAGACGUGCAGCAGAAAAUCCAGGAGAAAACUAAGAAGAUUGAAGAAAUCAAAAAAACAGCAGAAGACAGAAAAAUAAACUCAGAGAAGGAGAAAGCAGCUCAUGUGGAGAUCUUCACUGAUCUGAUCCGCUCCAUUGAGAGAUGUCAGACUGAACUGCUGGAGAUGAUGGAGGAGCAGCAGAAAGCAGCAGAGAAACAGGAGGAAGAGCUGAUUGAAGAGCUGGAGCAGGAGAUCACUGAGUUACAGAUGAGAGAAACUGAGCUGGAGCAGCUCUCACACACUGAAGAUCACCUCCACCUCCUACAGAUUUACUCAUCCCUGUGCAGCACUACAGACAGCAGAAGCUUGCCGGAUAUCAAUGCCAAGACUCAUGAGAAUCUGGAGAAUCGGAGGAAAACUCUCAUCCAACUGAAGGGCAACAUAGAGGAGAAACUCGAACAAACUCUGUCUGAAGAGCUGAAGUGGGUGCAGAAGCAUGCAGUGGAUGUGACUCUGGAUCCCGAUACAGCUCAUGUUGGACUCAUCCUGUCUAAAGAUGAAAAGCAAGUGAGACUUGGAGAAAUCAUACAGAAACUCCCAGACAAACCACAAAGAUUUGAAAAAUGUGUCUGCGUCCUGGGAAAGGAGGGAUUCUCCUCGGGGAGAUUUUAUUUUGAGGUGCAGGUGAAGGGAAAGACUAAAUGGGAUCUAGGAGUGGCCAGAGAAUCUGUAGACAGAAAAGGAGAGAUCAGACUUUGUCCCAGUAAUGGAUUCUGGACUGUGUGGUUGAGGAAGAAUGAAUACAAGGCUCUCGCUAGUCCUUCAGUACCUCUGUCUGUGAAAGUGAAGCUGCAGCGGGUCGGUGUGUUUGUGGAUUAUGAGGAGGGUUUGGUCUCCUUUUAUGAUGUGGAGUCCAGCUCUCAUAUCUACUCUUUCACUGGUCAGACUUUCACUGAUAAACUCUAUCCAUUUUUUAACCCAUGUAGUAAUAUUGAUGGUAAUAACUCGGAUCCAUUAAUCAUCACACCUCUAGGAGAUAAUAAAAAAUGAGUUUUUUGAAUCAUUAAAAACCUUGCAAUCUUAACAUUAAUGUCUGAAAAGUAAUGUUUUCUCCCUUAACCUCCUGACAAAGUAACACUAUUUUCAUCUGAAUAAACCAAACAAUAAUUCUGUGAUGUUUUAGAAUAUUUUGUGUUCUUGAAGUGUAUAGUUAGUAUGCAUUUAUAGUAAUGUUUAGUAAUGUUUUUCAACACCUAAAUACAUCAG